AUGGCUAUCAUACCUUCACAAAAGUUGCUGUCGCCAUGGAUGCAAUUUUCAGGUGUCGGCCAGUGGCUUGGUGCUGUGCAGAACGACCUCGGGCCUUCAGAACUUGACAGCAAGUCUUUUGUCAUCCCUGUACACUCUAAAGGAUUUCUUUCUCCUGUGAUAUUCAAAAGUUCAUCAUUUGGUGCUAACAUGGGUUUGUUCCAAGGCCCAGCUGGGAGCAAGAUAGACAAAUUCUAUUUGCCAGUAACACCUGCUGGAUGGACUUUCUCGAUCUGGGGCUUCAUCUACACCUGGCAGGCUCUGUGGGUCCUAUACUCACUCUCGUUGCUGUGUCGCAGCACUGACCACGGCCCGGCAUACAUCAGUCCCGUCGUCCUCAGUCCCCCUAUGGUCCUCCUCUUCAUGGUAGCCAAUGCAUGCAACAUCGCCUGGUUGUUCUUGUUCGACCAAGAAAAGAUCGAAGCUUCCCUGGUCGUCCUAGCGUGUCUGGCCUUAAGCCUAAUCAUCUGCCUCGCCCUUAGCUACAGGAGCAUGAAUGCAGCCUUGCCAACAUUCCUCUCGCAGUCCCGGCAGCUGGACAUCUGGCUGCUGCGCAUUUUCUUGUUCAAUGGGCUGGGCAUCUAUGCCUCCUGGACCUCCAUAGCCACAGGGCUCAAUCUAGGUUUAGUCAUCGCCUAUAGCUUUAAUGUUGGGAACUCCACCGACAUGGCGGGUACUGUGACCCUGGGUGUGCUGUUGGUGAAGCUUGUAGUCUAUGUGCUGACCGACCUGUGUGUACUGGACCAUCACAGCCGCUACACCAUCACACCCUACCUUGUCGUUGUCAUCACUCUCAUCGGCUCCAUGGAAAGAAACUGGCAGGCAGGGGCGACUAACUCUGUCUUCACCGCCGUGCUGCUUGCAGUGGGUGUUGUUUGUUUGCUCUGCAAAGUGGUGUUGUCAAUAUACCGUCAUGUGACGAAAUCCUCGAGCACUGGUGACAGUUCUGAAUAUAUCGAUAUGUCAUGAUACAUGGAUGCAGUAUUUUUUCAUGUGCUUUAUUUUUGUAUGCUAUACAUGGACUGUAUGCAUGGCUAAAAUAAAGCUAAAAUAUCUUUAAG